AUGGAGCCUGAAGUUCCUCACAUUCCUGUGAUCAUUCACGAGACAGCACUUCUCGAUGGGGCACGCAAGAUCCUGGAUAACAUUCGGCCCCAAUGGAGCCCAGAAAAUGUGGAAUUCAAGCUCUUCACGGAUGGCAUCACUAAUAAACUCGUAGGAUGCUUCCAUCGGACUACCGAAGAUGCCAUUUUGAUCAGGAUCUACGGCAAUAAGACAGACCUUCUGAUCGACAGGACGGCGGAGACAAGGAACAUCAAGCUGUUGUUCAGCUAUGGCUUCGCUCCUUGUCUCUACGCCACAUUCGACAAUGGCCUGGCUUAUGAGUAUGUCGCAGGAGUCACGCUGACUCCCGAAAGCGUCGUCAAUGCGGCUGUUUGGCCGUUGGUGGCCAGGAAAAUGGCGCAAAUGCAUAAAGUAGACUGUGGAAAGGACAUUCCGAGGAAGCCAAUGCUGAGAAAGAAGUUUCAACAAUUCUUAAACCUGAUUCCAGAUAAGUUUAGCCGACCGGAGAUCCACGAGAGGGUCAAGGAUGAAUUUCUACCCGUCUCUAAACUCCGCAGAGAAGUUGAGCAAUUAUGUGAUGUUCUGGAAAAUCUGGGCAGUCCUGUUGUGUUUGCCCACAAUGAUCUGCUUCUGGGCAAUGUGAUUUACACAGAAUCUGCCCAGAAAGUCACAUUUAUCGACUAUGAAUAUGCGGCCUACAAUUUCCAGGCAUUCGACAUUGGAAAUCACUUCACGGAAUUUGCUGGAAUUGACGAAAUCGACUACUCGCGGUAUCCGUCGCGAGAUUUACAAAUGCAGUGGCUGAGAGUUUAUUUGGAAACCUUCAUGCAUCCGCAAAAUGUCAGUGACACCGAUCUGGAGCGCCUCUACGUCCAAGUAAAUCAAUUUGCCCUGGCGUCGCAUCUCUUCUGGACUGUUUGGGCCCUGAUUCAAGCUGAACAUUCCACGAUAGAGUUUGACUUUGUGCAAUUUGCCCAGAUUCGUCAUGGAGAGUAUUUGGCAAGGAAGGACAGCUUCCUGGCACUGUCCUUUGAGAAUUGACCGUGCACAAAGAACAUUCCGAUACCACUCACGGUUUUAGUUGCAACAUGACCAAAUGGAAAAUAUUUUUUUAGUGAUGAAAUUUUAGGCACGACUCUCGACUUAUCUUACCUUCUUACCUGAGGCUUUUACCAAGUGAAAAAAAAAUAAUAGUAAAUUUUAAUAAAAUGCAAUAAAGGA